AUGAGAAAGUGGGGAAAGUGGGUGGCUGAGGUAAGAGAGCCCAACAAAAGGUCAAGAAUUUGGCUUGGUUCUUAUUCUUCUCCCGUGGCCGCCGCCCGAGCCUACGACACGGCCAUGUUCUACCUCCGCGGCCAGACCGCCAGGCUUAACUUCCCUGAAUGCAUAGUGAAAGAUGAUGAUCAGCCUCCUGAUUUGUCUGCUGCUUUCAUUAGAAAGAAGGCUACUGCUGUUGGCGCUAAAGUUGAUGCAGCUCUUCACGCCUCCACAGCUGAAUCAAAUUCAAUUGGAUUUUUCGAAAAACCCGACUUAAAUGAAUAUCCAAGUCCUGAGAUUUCUGAGGAUAAUUGA